AUGUCCAACGCAGUGCCUCCAGCGAAGCCCAUACAGAACGUAAUUGUCGACACAUCAUCCCUCUCUUCGUCGUCGUCCACAUCGGUAUGGGACCGUAUCUCGAAAUGGGUGUCGGAAAAUAAGGCGCUCGUCUAUACCGUCGCCGGUGUCGCUGUGGUCGUGACGAGCGCAGGUGUGGUCUACUACCUUUCAGAAUCGAGCAAGCCCAGUCAGGAGGCAGCGGCGCCUGCGGAGAAGAAGAAGAGCAAGAAGGAGAGACGGAAGGAGAAGAAGAAGGCGGAGGAGGAAAAGAAAGCCAAGGAAGAGAAAGCGGCUGCCGAUGAAUCCGCCAAGAAGGCCGAAGAGUCUGAGGAGCUGCCUGAAAUUGACGAGGCUACUGUUGCGACCUUGUCCGAGGAGACGCGGAAAUCCUACGCUGCGAAGUUGAAGGCAGCUGGCAACAAAGCAUAUGGCUCAAAGGACUACAACAAGGCAAUUGAGCUGUAUGGAAAAGCCAUUCUUUGCAAGCCGGACCCCGUGUAUUACUCGAACCGCGCCGCCUGUUACAAUGUCUUGUCAGAAUGGGACAAGGUAGUCGAAGAUACUACGGCCGCCCUCGCCAUGGACAGCGAAUACGUCAAGGCCCUCAACCGACGUGCGAUUGCCUACGAGCAUCUUGGCAAGUACAAUGAAGCCCUUCUCGAUUUCACGGCGAGCUGCAUCAUCGACGGAUUCACCAACGAUUCGAGCCGGAAUGCCCUCGAGAGACUGCUCAAGAAGGUGGCGGAGAAGAAGGGGAAGGAGAUCAUGGCGGCCAAGGGCAAGAAGCUUCCUAGCGCCACAUUCGUCUCCAACUAUCUCCAGAGCUUCCGUCCUAAGCCUAUGCCAGCCGGUCUUGAAGAUGAGGACCUGGAUGAGGAGACCGGCAAGGGGCAGCUGCGGAAAGGUUACCUUGCAAUGGCCAAGAAGACUGGCGAAGGCUAUGAGGAGGCUGCUCGGGCCUUUGAAAGGGCUCUUGAGCUGGGUGAUUUGGGUGAAUACGAGGCCGAAGCGUUGAACAUGCGAGCCACCUUUACGUAUCUCCAGGGCGAUGCCAAAGCCGCGCUGGAGGAUCUCAACAAAAGCGUUGAGCUCCAGCCAUCAUUGGUGCAGAGCUACAUCAAGCGUGCUAGCUUGCAUCUCGAGUUAGGCAACAAGGACGCGGCAGCCGAUGACUUCGAAGUGGCCAUUACGCAUAACAAGGAUGACCCUGACAUCUACUAUCACCGUGCACAGCUGCACUUCAUCCUUGGCGAGUUUGCUGAGGCGGCCAAAGACUACCAGAAGUCAAUUGACCUUGACCGGAGCUUCAUCUACUCGCACAUUCAACUUGGAGUGACCCAGUACAAGAUGGGCUCGGUGGCCUCGGCCAUGGCGACAUUCCGACGCUCCGUCAAGAACUUUGAGGACGUGCCGGAUGUCUACAACUACUAUGGAGAGCUGCUGCUUGACCAGCAAAACUUCGCUGAAGCCAUUCAGAAAUUCGACAAGGCCGUUGAGAUGGAGAAGCAGAGCAAACCAAUGGGCAUCAACGUUUUGCCCUUGAUCAACAAGGCUCUGGCGUUGUUCCAAUGGAAGCACGACUUCAAGGAGGCGGAGAGUUUGUGUGAGAAGGCUCUGAUCAUCGACCCCGACUGUGACAUUGCCGUGGGUACGAUGGCCCAGCUGCUCCUGCAGCAGGGCAAGGUAGCCGAGGCACUCAAGUACUUCACGAGAGCAGCUGAACUGGCUCGGACAGAAGGCGAGGUGAUCAACGCUAUCUCUUACGCCGAGGCCACGCGCACGCAGCUGGAAGUUCAGCAGAAAUACCCGCAACUGGCGGCGCGUCUGCAAAGCAUGGGCGCCAGCUUCGGCGGUCCUCCUGGCCUGUAA